GUCCAGCUCUGCACCCAGAUGGGGAAAUGAGGAAGUCAGUGGAGCUGUAAAAAACGGGAAAAGGGGCCCGCCCCGGAGGAGGAGGGAAAAGCUGGCCUCGUACCCAGCUUCCCCCACAAGCAAUCUCCUGUGUUCCAAUUUCAAUUCAUUCUCAUGUUUACUGUCCAAAGUUGGGGAAAUGGGAUGUCCCAGAUUAUAGACUCCUGGGCUUUCAGACACGAGACCAGCAGGACUCUGAUCGCGGGUGUGGCUCCUCCUUGGUCACCCCUACCCUAAGUCUCCAGGACUGAGUUUCUUCAACUCUGAACAGCUUCCCAACUCCGGUCACUGCUGUACAGUGAAUCCAGGAAUCGCAGCCUCCAGAAUUUCCACAGGUCCACCUGCAGCGCCAGCCUAGCCCCAGCUCCCCCCUGCCCCAGCUCCGGCCCGGCUGGCCCUGCCUCCGUUGCAGCUCUGAAAUCCAGACAGAGGCCGUGCUGGCCCAAGCAUGAAGUACGAGGACCUCCAGCACCUGGAAAGCGAGGAGAAAAACCAGGGCGUUAGAAAUGGGCCGCCUCCUCCCGCAGGGCCCUCUUUCCUGCGGCGUCUCGGUCUCGGGCCCAGCCUCCUUCUGCUGUCUCUGGGCCUCAGCCUCCUGCUGCUGGUCGUCAUCUGUGUGGUCGGAUCCCAGAAUUCCAAGUCUCAGAGGGACCUGAUGACGUUGAGAACGACUUUCAGCAACUUCACCUCAAACACUGUGGCUGAGGUCCAGGCACUGACCUCCCAGGGCAGCAGCUUGCAAGAAACGGUCACAUCUCUGAAGGCUGAGGUGGAGGGUCACAAGCAGGAACUGCAAGCAGCCCGCAGCGUGGAAGGCAAGGUGCUUUCUCUGGAGAGCCGGCUGGAGAGACAGGAGCAGCAACUGAAAACAGAUCAUUCUGAAAUGCUCCUGCGAGUCCAGCAGCUGGUGAAAGACCUGAACUCCCUGACUUGCCAGGUGGCUUUGCUCAAGAGCAAUGGCUCCGAAGGGACCUGCUGCCCCGUCAGCUGGGUGGAGCACGCGGGCAGCUGCUACUGGUUCUCCCGCUCCGGGAAGCCCUGGCCCGAGGCAGAGAAGUACUGCCAGCUGGAGGGCGCGCACCUGGUGGUCGUCAACUCCAGGGAGGAGCAGAAUUUUGUCCAGAAACAUCUAGAAUUGUCGUACACCUGGAUGGGCCUCAGUGACACUGAGGGAGUCUGGAAAUGGGUGGAUGGGACGGACUACGACACCAACUUCCAGAACUGGAAGCCGGGCCAGCCUGACGACUGGCAAGGGCACGGGCUGGGCGGAGGCGAGGACUGUGCCCACUUCCUCCUGGACGGCCGGUGGAACGACGACGUCUGCCAGAGGCCCUACCGCUGGGUCUGCGAGACCCGCCUGGGCCAGGCCAGCCAGGAGGGCCACGGAGCUGCCUCUGGUUAGGCCGCCUGGACAGGGAAUAGCGGCGGGGAGCGGCAUUCUUCCCCAGAGACCCCCUAGCAAGACCGCUCUGGGAGAGGAAUAAGCCCUGGGAGAUUGGAAGCACUGCCGUCGUUCUGAAGUUUCUUCUCCUUAAUGUUAAAAAGACAAGAUAGCGCUCCUAAGGUUUUAUUUUUCCCCGACUUUCAAAAUCAGCUUUAUUGAGGUAUGCUUUUUUCAUGAUGAAAUGCACCCAUGUAAAGAGUAGAAACAGCACUCUGGCAGGCUGAGGUGGGAAGAUCGCUUGAGCUCAAGAGUUUGAAACCAGCCUGAGCAAGAGUGAGA